AUGGAUGGCCUUGAUCGGACGGGUCGAAGAGAUGAGAUCAAGAUCAAACUUGGUGCUGCAAGUGUCGCAGGUGCAGCCAAGCAGAUUGGAUUGCAGAUGCCGACGCCAGAUGAGCCAGGGAGCAAGCACGCUGCACCACUACCGCUCGAAGUGGGAAGUGGCUCAACUCUUGGCUCUUCACAAGGAAGAAGCAACCUGAGCUGCCGGCGCGUCUGUUCGGUCGACAAAGGUGUCAGCGAGAACAAAAAGAUGGAAAAGAAGUGCCAGACUGGAUUAAUGUACCAGGUAGCAUCGGCGUCCGCCCGCUCUGGUCUUGGCCCUUAA